AUGAAAAAUUUUGAAUUAGAAAUAGUAGAUCAAAUAAGUAAUGAAGUAAGUAAAGAAUUAGAGAAGAUAGAGUUAAAGUAUGAUACAAAUGGAGAAAUAACAAAAGAAACACUAUUAAAAACCUAUAAAAACCAAAUAGAUAUAAAUGCGGGGUUUGAAUUAAUAAAUCAAAUAACCAGUAUCUAUGCAGAAGAAGCCAAAAAGACAUUUGAAGAGUUCAAAGAUUUAGUAGCAUUAGAAAGAAGCAAUGAAAGAAUUAAGUGA